AUGAAACUUUGUAUUUUCUCUUUUAUAAAACGAGCUUUUGACCUGGAACAACAUAUUAAUGUCCCGGACGAUCUUUCUUUUUUUCUAUGCUUGCCAGCGACUUUGAUUGCUAAAUCGGCUGGUUUGUUGAUUAAUACUUAUUUUAUUUUUAUUUUGAAGAUAGAAAAACAUUGACAAUACAGAUGGACAAAAGUUGGUAUGCCCUGACAAAACUUGGAAGAUGUUCGAGCGUACAGGAAAUCGGUUGUGGUGCAUUCAGGUGAUUUCAAAGAGAUUAAGAAUGAGAACAAAUUUCAAAAGUUAAAAAUUAGAAAUGAAAAUCACACUUUGAUAAUAAUACUUACAUGUUAGUUGCAGAAGGCCACUUCAGAUUUUUCCAAUUACCGAAAAUAUAUCGAAUAUUUUCGGCAAUUGAAAAAUCUGAAAAAAAUAUAUUAUAUAUCAAGAACGCUUCCUCAAAUAUUUUUUGAACCAGUUUGAUUUCAGUAUAAUGACGGAAAUGUGAACAGAGCCGCUGCUGAAAAAGUAUGCAGAGAGCAUGGAGGAACCUUGACUGGAUUCGAAAACGAGGAAGAGUUCGUCUACAUUCGCGGUAAUGACCUUUCCAGCUCAAAAUGAUAAAAGUUUCUUAACUAGGAAGCAUUUCUUCACGUGGAAACCAUUCUAAAGUAUGUCUGUGAUCCUUCAAACAUUCAAAAACAAUAGCUUGAGAAGACUGUGUUGAGAUCAGAAGUCCCCGACUGAUCCACGGAUUCUUAUUAUGAAAUAAAACUCGCUCCAACUUUCAGACACCGCCCUCAAGGAGUUCAAAAAGUUCAAUCUACCGAAAGGAGGAGGCUACUGGCUUGACGGCAUCCGAAGUCCCAACUGCUACGGGCCUGACAACAACGGUUGCAACCGUUUGACUGUCACUCCCGGAAAACUGCUUGAUCCAACAAAAAGAAGUUUCAGGCCUUCCAGUGGUCAAACAACCUAACUCAAGGCACUUUCGCGUUCACGAAAUGGUCAGAUCUGUUCUGGGAGCCGAACAAUGGAGUUGUGGAGUAAGAGUAACUCUAGGAGAAGUGUGCGGUAUGAAAAAUAACAAAAAGGAAGGUCAUUCUACUUUGAGCUUGAAAAUUUCCUAAAGUUCAUCCACAGCUCUUCUUGAUGCACCAGAAAUAAAUUUUGAAAGUCUCGAAAAAAACACCAGGUUAAAUCUUUCCGCAUCUCCAUCUUUCGAUACUUUGAGAAGUUUAUCAGCCGAUUUGCAAGAAAUUCCCAACGGGAUAAUAGAAUGACCUUCCUUGUAAGGCUAUCCGAAACCCGAUCUAACAUUAAAAUUAAAUUGAUGUUUUCAAUAGCUUCCAAUAAUAAAAGCAAUAGGUAAGUCCCCGCACACCAGCCUCUGAAAAUAGUUACAAAAAUAUCGAUUUUAGUGGCGAGUACGAAAAUUGCCUGCAGGGACUCUUGACCUACGAAGCUCCGCAUUUAAACGGCGCAAUUAACGAUUUUCAGUUCGUUUCUCAUGGUUUCAUCCUAAAGUGUUCCAACUCAAGAUGUUCACGAAAAGACACCGCGACUGACGUUUUACCCUAUUAUACCAUUUACGGAUUCUUCUGCGGAACUUCGGCUGGUCCUCCAAAGCUUGAGAACCCGAACAAGUCAGCAACUAACGAUUGUGAGUUCCUAACCAGAUACUUCCAAAACUCAUAUUUCCAGGUUCUACAGAAGAGGAGCCCGACUGCGAGGAGGAGGAGGCUGAAGAUUGUGAUUAAGAGGUUCUCAGGAUUCUUUCAGAGUAGAAUUUUUCAGGUUCUCCGGAAGAGGAGAAGAAGACUCAUUCACGAGGAGCAUGA